CUAACUUUCAUCGUGGUGCUUAUUUGAGUUAUUUUGGCGUUAGCAUAUUGUCAUAUAUUAAUACAACCUGUUUAACCCUCGGCUGAACACUGCGCAGCACUGAUAACCCAAUGGAAGGAUUCCACGGCUGUCUCCCUGCUAUCGAUCUACCUAGGUGGGACUAGACCGGUGACAAGUUCGCUUCAUUAGACAGGCUGGUCACAAGUGUCAAAGGAGAACCACUUGCUCUACAUAUGCCAUUCGUUCGAGUCGUACUCGCCUCCGAUGGAUUAGCGAUAUCCUUAUUCAUGACGCCUGCGGCCAGCCGCAUUGAUACCCCUCUUGAGCUUCUCGAAGAAGUGCAUCAUCGCCAAGGCACUGGCAAUUCCAUCACCCGCAGCACCGUGACAUUCUGGCACGUCCAUACAUUUCGAUUAUACAUAUUACGGACAUUCCUGGGAGAGAUGCGGAAAUGUAUGCUAGCAUGUCAAACGGACUGCCGAGGGACCGAUCAACAUCCGUUCGUCAUGUGGUUUCGAACUCUGUCGAAGUUGUCCAUGAUCCGGCAGGGUCGCUACCAAAGCGUUCCUGGUGCACCCAUCCGCUCCAGUCAGUGGCCGAAGGAGAACACGACCAGAGGAAUUAGCGUUGACAUGGGCACGACACGGACAUAUAGCCUACGUAUCGUCAAGUCAAACCCGAGUGGAGAAUGGACAAUUCACAGAUCAUGAUAAUCAAGCAGCAACAUGGGUCUACGGAUCAAAAUCGAACGUUUGGACAAGUAGAUAACGAGGAGCACGAGAGAGCUCGCCAUAGCUUAACGAGUGCCAGAAUGACUACAAUGUGGGCGCUCGAAAACUGAUUAAUACUGUUUUACUGAUCUUUCUCCUGGAGGCCUCCGACCUCCACCUAACGUUAUAACACGACUGAUCAGCUG